CACGGUAUAGCAACGAAAAUUUCGUGGCCGAGCCAUAGCCACGAAUUUACCACUGCAUUUCUCGUGGCUAUGUUUUGUUUUUUUCUGCCGCAUAAAAAAGCGAAUAAAUGUACGAAGCCAUGCUUUCAUCAUGGCUAAACCGUGGCUAGUAUUAGCUUUUACACAUCGAAACAGAGAAAGAUUCGUGUGUCAGCGAUAUUUUUAACUAGCCACGAAUAUUGCAUGGCUGUAGCGUGGCUAUUUUCUAAAAUAUAUACACUUCCCGUGAGACAUUAAUAACUUUUGUUCUUCAACCAAAUUUUCUAAACAAAACUAUGUCUUUCUACUUUGAUUCAAGGGAAUGGAUGGAUCAAAGGAUUGAUCCUGAGAGUAAUUCCGUUUCAGAAGUGUUUCUUGGAGGCAUUAACGCAUUUCUACAAUUUGCGUGUAAUCAAGCGGAUUACGAAGAGCGGCAAACGUUAUUGUGUCCGUGUGCUCGAUGCAAAAAUGUGAAGCAACGAGAUGCAAAAGUUGUCUCAAGACAUCUAUUCUUAUACGGUUUUAAGGGAAAUUACUACGUUUGGACGAGUCAUGGAGAGAAAUUCUACAUCGUUGGUGAGAGUUCUGGAGCGAAUCAUUCAACGGGCGAAGAGGAAAUGUGAGAGAAUCCUACUUGGAAUUCUCAUGAAGAUCACUACCAGAGUAAUCCGGAAGUACCAGCGGACAUUACGCCACCAUACAUACUGGAACCUAUAGAAGAGACGGAGGUAGCAGAGCCAUAUCGUGAUAGUGUUUUUGAAGCAUUUGAAGCAGCCAGUCAACCUCUCUACGAAGGGUGUGCAGACGGAAUAACUCAGUUGUCUCUUGCUUCGUGGAUGAUGAAAGUGAAGACGGAUUAUAAUUUGGCGGAAGCUUGUGUAGAUGAGAUUUCUGAAGUUUUUAAAAAAAUGCUUCCGCAGCCGAAUAAUGCUCCAGCAACAUAUUACGAGACAAAGAAACUGACACGAGGGCUUGGGUUACCCCUACAUAAGAUUGAUGUUUGCGUGAAGAAUUGUAUGCUAUUUUGGAAGGAAGAUACGAAUUUGGUUAGUUGUAAGUUUUGUAUAGAAGAUCGCUACUAUCCGAACAAUGGAAAAGGAAAAAACAAGCCAAAACAGAAACUGUUUUACUUGCCUAUUGCAGAUCGUCUGAAACGUCUAUACCAACUCGAGGCGACAGCUUCCAAUAUGCGGUGGCAUAAGGAGCAUGUGACUCCGGAAGGCGAAAUGCAUCACCCAUCUGAUGCCUUAGCGUGGAAACACUUUAAUGAGGUAUAUCCUGGAUUUGCUGCUGAAAGCCGGAAUAUUUAUCUAUGCUUAUCAACAGAUAGGUUUAAUCUGAUUGGUAUGAAUGGAGAAGCACAUUCCCUUUGGCCUGUUAUUGUAACUCCAUACAAUUUGCCUCCGGGAAUGUGUAUGAAAAGAGAAUUCCUUUACCUUUCGGUGCUAGUUCCGGGGCCCAAACAUCCAAGGAAAAGCUUAGAUAUUUACCUUCAGCCAUUGAUUGAAGAAUUACAGAUGUUAUGGAAGGAUGGUGUGGAGGCAUAUGAUAUCUCAAUGAAAGAAAUAUUCAAAAUGCGAGCAGUUUUGAUGUGGACGAUAAGUGAUUUUCUAGCUUAUGGGAUGCUUUCAGGUUGGACGACUCAUGGUCGGUUGUCCUGCCCAUAUUGUCAAGAUGAGACUGGUGCAUUCUGGUUAACUAACGGAAGGAAACAUAGUUGGUUUGACUGCCACAGAAGGUUUUUAGAUGCGGAUCAUCCUUACAGAAAAAACACUCAGGCAUUUAGACGGGGAAAAACAGUUUUAGAUCCUCCUCCUCCGUGGUUGACCGGAGAAGAAAUAUUCCGUCAAAGGAUAAACAAUAUAGAAGGUUUAUCAAAAUCUGUUGAUUGUGGAGGGAAUGGACAUGAUAAUCCAUCCAAGACAAUAUCCGGAUAUGGAGUUACUCACAAUUGGGUAAAGAAGAGUAUCUUAUGGGAGUUACCGUACUGGGAAAAUCAUCUACUUCGGCAUAGCCUUGAUUUCAUGCAUAUUGAGAAAAACUUCUUCGAUAACCUGACGAACACGGUGUUAAAUGCUCCUGGAAAGACGAAAGGCAAUAUCAAAAGCAGAUUGGAUCUUCCAGGACUAUUCAAAAGGCGAGAUUUAGAGAUGAAAGAGGAUGGAACGAUGCCCAUCCCAAUAUUCAGGCUGCCAAAUGCGGGAAAAAGAGUAUUCCUUCUGUGGUUGAAAAAUGACAUAAAAUUUCCUGAUUGAUACUCCUCCAAAUUUAGUCGAUGUAUUGACGAAAGCAAUUUAAAGCUACAUGGACUGAAAAGUCAUGAUUGUCAUGUCAUAAUGGAACGACUAUAUCCAUUUGCGUUCGCUGAACUCCUUCUAAAAAAUGUUCACACAACGAUUAGAAGUAUUUAUUUGUUUGUAUCAUUUUAUAAUUUACUAUAAUUUAUGCUAUAAUUAAUUUUAUUUUUUUGUUUACAGAUAUUGCCCUCUUCUUCCGAGAUAUCUCUUCGAAGAUUUUGAAACAGUCAGAUGUUGGCCUUUUAAAGGCAAAUAUCGGUGUGAAGCUUUGUAACUUGGAAAAGAUAUUUCCUCCAUCAUUCUUCGAUGUUAUGCAACAUCUUCUUGUGCACCUUCCAGAUGAGGUAGCCUUAGGUGGUCCCGUCCAUUUUAGAUGGAUGUAUGUAUUUGAAAGAUACAUGUACCAUUUGAAGAAGAUGGUCCAAAACAAAGCACACAUUGCAGGUUCGAUAGUUGCCCAAUGGCUAAACGAGGAGAUUUCAAAUGCUUCCUCUACUUUUUUUGGACAUCCUGAAAUCAUGAGCAUUCCAGAAGAUCCGAGUGAUAUUCGUUUUUCAUACAAUUAUCCGGAUAUACCACCCUUGUUUUACCAUGAAUGGAGAAUCAGUGGUCAAUGCUCAACCGGUUGGUUGAAUGAUGAAGAUAACACCGUUCUUCAGACAUUUAUGAUGCUCAACUGUGAAACAUUUGCUCCAUAUGAAAGGUAGUUCAUUAUUAUAAAUUUUUUUUAAUAUAAAUACAUAUUUAUACAUAUUUUUAGUUACAUAAUUAAGAUUUAAAUGUGUGCAGGAUGUUUGAAGAAUAUAUGACUCUAAGUGUUCCUGAUAUUACUCCGGCUGCAAUGCAAAAAGCGAAAGACACCAAAUUCACUGAGUGGUGCAAAGACUAUGUGAGUUAUUGUUUUGUAUUAUUAAGUUCCAGAACUCAUUUAAUUAAAUUUGUUAUUUAUAACAAUGUUAUUGUAUUGCAGAUUAAUGAUGCGACUCAGUUUUACACAUUUCCUAUGUGGAUAUUGGAUUUUGUACAAGGUCCUAGGCGUAGUUAUAGGUCUUGGCCAAUAUACCACACACGUGGAUACACUUUCCACACUCAUAACCACGGUCAAAAUAAGAAAACUCAACAUUAUGGUGUAUGUGUACCUGGAACCAAUGAGACAGACUACUAUGGUCUCAUACAAGAGAUUCUGAUGGUGGAGUAUCAUGGUGAUGUUGGCUUGAAAGUUGUGGUUUUUAAAUGUUUGUGGUUUGACACGACGGAAAAUCGCGGUAUGAGAAUACAUCCAUUUGGUCUUGUUCAUGUCUCACCACGAAGACAAUAUGCAAAAUAUGAUCCUUUUGUAUUACAAGGUAAGUGAAAAAAAAAUAUUUUUGUUUUUGAGAUUUGAUUAUUGAUGAAAAGCCAUGAUUGGAAACUAUGAUAUUUUUGUACCACUAACAGGUAAUUGUGAUCAAGCAUGUUUUAUUCCUUAUCCACGGGUACGUCGACAAUCAGUCGAUGGCUGGUGGGCAGGCGCCAAAAUAUUUCCCCGAGGAAUCCGAGAAACGUCCGAAAUUGCUUUAACAGCAUGGCAAAAUGAUAGACGUGAUCAGGUUGCUGAAAGUUCAUUGUUACGGGUGGAAACGCAUGUUGUUGAUGAUGUGUCCGAUUAUGAUAUUGUUCCGGUGAAUCCUCCAAACGAUGAAUAUGUAUCAGAUGGUGAUGUAGAAGCAGACCGUGAUUCAGACGAUGGUUCAGAAUAGAAAAAAUAUAUUCUAAGAGUGUAAAAUAUGUUUUAAGGUUGAAUGUAUUAAAAAAAUAAGUUGUGAGGAUGAGAAAUAAGUUAUAAGGUUGUAAAAUAUAUUGUAAGGAUGAAAAAAUAAUUUGUAAGGUUGUAAAAUAUAUUGUAAGGAUGAAAAAUAAUUUGUAAGGCUGUAUAAUAUUUUUGUAAGAUUAUGGAAUAUGUAUAAAGGUUGAGAUAUGUUGUUGUUGUAGGAGGAGAAGUUGAUGGGUAAGAGUUUAGGGGUUAUAGUUUAGGGGUUAGAGGUUUGGUGUUUCGCGAAAGUGAUUUAAACAAGGCCACGCUAACUUUCGUGGCUACACAGUGGCUAUGACAAAUCCAAUCGGUUUGCCUCCAAUUUAUUUGGUUUUGGCUCCACAAUUGUUUUUCAUUUCGCGGUUGAUAUUAAACCAAAGCCACUGUAAUUUUGUGGGUUUUUAGUGGCUAUGACGAAAUUUGGCAAAACCAUUCGGUUUGGCUCCAAUUUAUUUGGUUUUGCCUCCAAUUGUUUUACAAUUCACGGGUAUUAUUAAAACCGAGCCACUGUUUGCUACGGUUUGAUCGUGGCUAUGCUGAAAGGGUUUUAAUCCUUUCCCCUUUCUUCUCAACACUUAGACAAAAAAACAAACUCUCUCCCGAGUCGCCACCGACGAAAGCAAUUGUCCUCUCCGAUUCGAAGACUCGUCGUCUCCGAUUCCAAGACGCGACGUAUCUCGUUCCUUUCUACUCUCAAGAUGGCCUCAAGAAGAGGACAAGGGACAUCUCCUCCUAUGCCUCCUGGUGCCCCGGGAGUGACUGCAACCGGACAAGCUUCAUCCUCCCGUUCAAAUAGCUAUCCAAAAAUGUCUCUCAAUGCCAUGUUUAAUGCUCCUGCUAGGAUAUCCCAGCCACACCUCCAUCCUGAUAAGCUCAAUGGAGCUUUAUGGUAAGCUUUCUCUCUCAGUGUUUAACUGUCAUUAGAUUGUUUAGGCUUCUCUCUGAUAUCCCUGAUGUUUGUGGUCUUUUUAGGUUCUCUAUUGACCCAUCAGUCAAUGCUUUCAUCCGUGCAACAUGGCAAGCAUACUACAUGGGACCUUGGAAGAGUUGGAGGUAUUUCCCUGACGAAAGGAGGAAUUCAUGGUGGCAGACGUUUGUGGUAAGUGAUUUACCAACUUAAAUUUACCUCUAAAAUUGUUCUUUGAUAACCACUAACUGUAUUGUUUUCCUUUUGUAGCAAAAUUUCUACUGGGAGCAACAGUUUAAUGACUUGGUCUAUGUUCUCUGGAAGAAGGAAACAUGGACUUCGAUUGGUGAAAGGAUUAGCACCAAGAAGAGGAAAAACAAGCAGCCAAAGUGCAUCAAUGAGAAUGACUGGACGACCCUUAAGGAGUAUUGGGUGACAAAACCAGCCAAGAAGAAGAGCAAGAAAGCUGCUAAAAGCCGCAAGUCUGACCCUCUGGGUAAAGGGGUAUACAAUCACAAUGCAGGAUCGGUUGGUUUUGCAAGAAUUGAAUACAACAUGGUAAUUUCCCUUGUCUUUAUUUCUUACACAUUUGCCUAAAUAAUUUUUUUUCCUUUCUUUUGGCAGACGGUUGAGACUGGUGAACCCCCAUCCUACACAGACCUUGUCAGGAGGACACACACGAAAAAGGAUGGGACUUUUGGGGACUAUCGUGCAGAAGAACUGGUAACUCAAGCUGAGAUGGAAGCUACUCAGGUCUCUAACACUAACAGUGAUGGAUCACCACAAAGUCCAUCAGCAACCUCAGCUCCUUCUCGCAUCUUGUUAAACCAAGCUUAUCUGAAAGUAUGUUUUCAAACUCUUGUCAUGUGUUUUGUUUCCUCUAUAGAAUUAGGUUCCAAUAAAAAUAUAUCAAGUGUUUGUUGUUGAUAGUUUUGUUGUCUUUGGAGUUGCAAUUAUGAUUUUUGCUUUCUGUGGAGUUGGAAUUAGGAGUUUUGUUGUCUGUGGAGUUGGAAUUAGGUGUUGUCUGAGUCUGGUUCCUCUAUAGACUCAUCUUGUUGUUUGUGGAGUUGUUUUUGACUGAAUCUGCUUUGUGUUUGCUCUCAGAAUGCUAAAGGUAAGAGGGGGCAUGUCUACGGACUCGGCAGUGCCCAGUAUAGGGAACAUGCGCCAUCUGCAAGAGUCCCUGCUUCUCUGGCCCGCAACUUGGAGCUGGAGUUGCGUGUGAGUGGACUAGAGACAAGACUCCAAAGUGUGACUGCUGAUGUAAGUGCAGUGAAGGCUGAUGUAGGUGCUGUGAAGGAGGAUGUGGCAACAAUGAAGGAGGACUUCGCAGCAACAAGGGCUGCAAUCACUGAGCUCAUCCAAUCACUUUGACCCCAAGCUAUCCCUCAGCAACAACCCCCUUCUACUCAGGCUCAAGACCCUUCGACUCAGGCUUAGAUGCAUGUUUAGCAUCUUUCUAUCUAAUCUUAAAACUCUCUUUUGGCUUUUAGAUGCAUGUGUAGCAUCUUUUGAUCUCUUAUGUACCAUCCUUUCGUUGUUAAGACUCAAUGCACUUGUUUAAUAUCUAAUCUUCUUAUGUUUAGCUUUUGUAAACCAACUUUCUUAUGAUUAUAAAUUCAUGUUUAAUUUCAAUUGUGUUUUAGGGUUAAAAUUAGAAAUAGAAAUAGAAAUAGAAAUUGAAAUUGAAUUAGAACCAGAAUUUAAAAAAAACAUGGUUAACACUAGCCACGACAAAACCGUGGGUACAUAGCCACGAUACUAACAAGAAAAAACAGUGGCUAAGUCUUCCCACGAAAACGUAGUGGCAAUCUUCGUGGCUAAAAGUUCCCACGAAAAGAUAGUGGCAAUCUUCGUGGCUAGACGUAGCCACGAUCCACACAGGGUAAAACAUUGGUUAAAAAAGCCACGAAAGAAUCAUGGUGAAACCGUGGCUAAUAAGCCACGCCAAGCCACGGUUUUUCGUAGUCACAAAGCUAUAGCCACGGUAGUUUCUCGACAUAGAAUCGUGGCUGGUAAUCGGAUAGCCAUGGUUUUUGGCUUAUGUACCCACGGUUUGUCAGUGGCUUUUUCGUGGCUAUGCGGUGUAUUUUUACUAGUGGAUCGGGCCAAUUUCGAACAGAGCUUACUGAAUUUUUUCGAUGAAAAUCUAUUCACUCGGGAGGAUUAUUACAAUGAAAGUCCUCCCCCUUUCACAUCAUUACUUAGUAAGUCAUUGAAGUUUCCAGUUAAAAACCAAGGUGGCUCUCUAGCUUCAGAUAGGCUAAUCAAAUUAUUUCAGACAGUUUUUAUUAGUUUUUAGUGUAAUCAUACACAAAGGAAGCAAACAAAAAAAAAAAUUUCCUUCAAACUACAAAUUAGCAUUUUCAUCCAAGACUUCAAACUAAUAAAAGUACAACUUAUAUUUUAAAAGUGUAAAUAUUCCUCAGAAUGUUAUAAAUGUUGUCUUCCAAGUUUCGACACCGAUAUUGACUUCGGUAUCUGAGUUGAUUACAGUCGUGUCUUGUUACUUAAUUAUGGAGCAAUCAAACCAAAUCACCAAGUCCACAUUGACAUUUGUUCGAGUCAACUCAACACCACGUGUCAUUGUAUAUUAUCCAAACAAGCACGUAUAAGUUUGUGACAAGUUGAGUAAGUAGAAUCAGUAAACAUAAACAAACCCAUUCAAACUUCGAGUGCACCAUUUGCAAUAUACAUAUGUAUGUUGAGACAUGAGAACAAUAAUUUUAAAAAGCUAUUUCAAACAUCUAGUAAUUAAGACAUUGUCGCAUUUUAGGUUUACAAGUAUACGCAUAUAUGGAUUCAGCACCUAAGAUCAUCUAUAUAUUGCGAGCUAUAUCUUAUAAGUUUAUUACCUCUCCAUCAAAAUCUAAUUGAAGAAACAAUAUAAUUGUUUUAAGUUAAAAUAUAUGGCCAUGAAGAAUCUCUCAUUUCUUGCAGUCCUAUCUCUCCUAGCUUUAACUCUUCCAUUAGCCAUUGCUUCUGACCCAAGCCCCCUUCAAGACUUCUGCGUCGGCGUCAACACCCCAUCAGAUGGUGUGUUUGUGAAUGGAAAGUUCUGCAAAGACCCAAAGCUCGUCACCGUGGAUGACUUCUUUAUGGCAGGGCUUCAAAAUGCAAGACCCGUAGCUAAUGUAGUCGGGUCGAAUGUCACAGCCGUUAAUGUUAACAACCUUCCAGGG